GCAAAGCUCGUGUGUUGGAGUUGCACUGCCAAUGCGUGCUGUUACGCACAGAAACCUUCGUCCAGGACUGGAGCGCACGCUGUGAAGGAGCGGGGUUUAGUUUCCUUGCAUUGACAGAAAAAAGAAAAGAAUCUUCAUCAACAGCUUGAUCGUCAGAACCCAGAAAAGUCAGCAGCCAUCAAUCCUCACAGGAAUGGUUGAUCACUUGCCACUUGGUGAGGAGACCUUCCUGUAUUAUUCCUGCUCUCCAGGGUCCGACUACGGGUGCCUGUCUCGCCACACCAAGGGUGGUGUUUCGCAGGGCAUCAUGGUGACUGAUGCGGGCACUUAUCAGCACCAGCCUUACCAAGGGCUGAAGCUCUCCUCCUCGCCUUGUCUCUCUGAAGAUGACCUCAGUGACUCCUCCAGCCCACGCUCCUCCCUCUGCUCCAGCCCCGAAUCCACGUCUUCAGCGUCACGGAGUGUUUUUUGCUCUAGCUACGAAAGCAGGAGCAACAGGAGCAGUGGGUGCUCCAACUCGUCAGGAGGAGAGAAUCAAGAGAGUCUUUUGGACCUCCUUCUCUCACAGGCCUCCCUUACAACCUCAUUCAGCUCCAGUUGCGGCAACAUUUCUGUUUCCUCCUCUCUUUCCUUCUCUUCCCCAUCUUCCUCUACCUCCUCCUCUCCAUCAUCCCCUUUCUUACCCAUGGGCCUAGCAUGGGAGCCCAAGAGGGAGCAGAGAAUUGGAGUCCAGCAGCACUUGACCAAAGAGGAGUGCUUUGAGUUCCCAGUUUUCCUUGAUGAGCUGCAGGAUCCUGAAGCACUCCUCUUUCAGCCAACUCUAGAGGAGAUUGAAGAGUUCCUUGAAGAGAACAUGAUGGUAGCAAUGGAGAAGGAAGAGAAUGGGAGUGAUGAGGAAAUGUCACCUCCCAUAUCUAUGUCAGAUGAUACGGAGUCAGAAGGUUCAAUGACACUCGCAGCAAAACCUGAAUCACCGUCCCAGAACUCAGAUCAAACUGUCCCUGUGGCCUCCAAGUCAGAGGCCAAGUAUGCUGCAUGUGCCUCAGAUACAGACAACUCACCAGUGACAGAAGGUGAUGGCUGUGUAAUUACUUCCACUGACAGUUGUGUUGAUGGGAUCAAGCAAGAAGACUGUGGAUCACUGACACCUUUGACACCAGAAAGUGCUACCAUUGCCUCAAGUGUGCCUGUCAUCCUCCAAAUCCAGCCCAUACAGGUCAAACAAGAACCAAAUUCCAGUGCUGCAUCAGACACCAUCCUGGAUCAGUCACAGAAAACCCAUUCCCAACCAACUGAAUCCCCAUCAUCUAUCAAAAUUGCCCAGCUCCUCGUCAACAUCCAGGGACAGACAUUUGCUUUAGUGCCUCAGUUGCUUUCCCCUGCAUCAACUAACUCAGGCAAAACAGGGAGCGCUGCUCCAUCCAAAUUCGUCCGAAUUGCACCAGUGCCUAUUGCAGCCAAGCCCAAUGGGCUUGGGGAAGCGACAUUAGGUCUAGGAGGUUCAGCGGCGGGCGUCCUUUCUGGAGGUCAGCGGUACCAGAAGAGCACAGUGGCAGACCUCAUCAAAAUGCACAAGUGCACAUUUCCUGGCUGUAAUAAGAUGUACACCAAGAGCAGCCACCUCAAAGCACAUUUGAGAAGACACACAGGGGAGAAACCCUUUGCAUGCACAUGGCCUGGCUGUGGAUGGAGGUUCUCCCGGUCCGAUGAGCUGUCAAGGCACCGCCGCUCCCACUCCGGUGUGAAGCCGUACCAAUGCAUCGUUUGCGAGAAGAAGUUUGCUCGCAGUGAUCACCUGUCAAAACACCUCAAAGUCCACCGCUUUCCCCGAAGCAACAGGACAGGACGGUCUGUAAAUGGACCCCUCUGACCCCUGACGUGACGGAGUGACGCUCAGCGGAGGAGACGGCAGGAGGGCUGGAUGUCUGUGACGAAAGACUGAGGAGGACAGUCCAAACACCCUUAAAAGGCCUCACUAAAGAGCUGCAUGCGCGUGUGACGCGCUUUCAUGGUACUGUGAUAAUUUAUUGGUAACGAGGAGAAGACUGUAAAAAACUAAACAGGAAAUUGUUACUUGACGCACCAAUGUCACAGGUGGAAUAAGCUUUUAUCAUAUAGAAAUUUUAUCCUCAAAUCUUUUAGCUUAUCUGUUUAGAAGACAAAUUUGCUAUUUUUACACUUUUAAGAGCAUUUUAUGAACAAAUCAUCCAUAUCAAUCUUUUUUUCUUCAGUCUCUGAAGAAUGUUCUACUUUUUUAAGUUCCUCCCUUUUUUACCUUUCUGGUAAUUGUUUUUUUUUUUUUUUUUUUUUUUUUUGAAAAGGAAAACAAAUUAUUGUCCAACAACGUGAAAAUGGAGCCUAAAUAUAACAGGAUGAUACAGCAGGCUUGGAUGAAUUCUUUCUCAAGAAUGUCAAAGUAGCAGAUGCAUCAACAUUCCUCAAGCUUUAAAAAGGUUUCUUUGACGCCCCAGAGUCUCAAAAUUGGAAUAAAAAAUGUUGACAAAGCUCCAAAACAUAAUAAAUCUCGGUUACAUGUUGAUUUACUGCUCUCCAUCGUAAAUAAUCACACUGUGUAAUUAGCACUGGCACACAGGAAAUCUUCAGUGGUCUGUACCAUGGGAGAAUCUCUGAGUAAAUUGUCUUGUUUUACUGAGUCAGUUCUGAUGUUGAUUCUCCUCAAAACCCUUGUAUCAGAUUGAAACCUAUUUUGAUGGACGACUGUGACUGGAAGCUAAAGCUAACAGUGGAUUCUAAUGGUCCUGUGUGUCUGCAGCACAACUUCUGUUUUACAACUUGAUAUUUUGCCAUAUCAUUCAUAUCUUUAUGUAAUUUCAUUUGGUGAAAUAGCAGUAGACCUAAUCUGAAUAAGCUGAAACAAAGUUUGUUUGUUUUUUUUCUCUUCCACUGCCAAAAAAAAAUAAGAUUUUGAAUGUGAACACCAGUAUUAUUUAUGUUGUCUGACUUAGAAAUCACCCCAGGUUGUCAGAGGAAAGGUGAUCUGUGGCGUAACUGUCUAAGGAAGACUUUAAGAAAAAAGCUGGGCAAGAUACUGGGCCAUUAAAAAAAAUACUGGAAAGUUCAAAAGAUGUAAAGUUCAUAUUUUCUAAAGUGAGUUUCUAUUCAGUGUUAGUUUCCUUUCCCUCAGUAGAAACUCUACAAGAAACUUGUAAAAUGUUUCUACAAACUGAAAUGAACAGAGACUCAGACUGGAGGAAGACUAAGAGUCAAACGGACCUUUUAGCGAGCUCGGUAUUUUAAAAACCCAAACAGGAAAUGUCCAGAGUGACUUGGUUGCCAGGCUGUCAGCAGAAAAUAACCUUCAACACCUUCAAAGAGACAUUCAACUGAGACUCAGCAACAAACUUUACAACACUCUCUUGUGAAAUAGUUGAUUUUUAAGAUCUAUAGAAAAUCACAUCUUGUAUAUUUUCAGGUUCAGUUAUUUGAAUAAAAUGAGAUAAUUAGCAGCUUUCAUUAUCUUUAUGAUUAUCAGGAUCUUUUCAGUUUUUACACCGUUGUUGCAAUUCAGGAACUUUCUGUUGAAUCUAUUGUUGUUAAUAGCUGAAGAAUCCUAGAGAAACAAGGCAACUGUCUGGUUUAAACCAGGAUCAUUUUUUGGGAAAAUUUGUAAUGAUGCACCAAUCAUUUUGGUAAUUUGGUUCAUAUCAAUUAAUCUGAGAUCUGACCUGCAGAUUCCAAUAUUUACUAAUUGCAAUUUUCUAUUAUUAGUAGGUCUUAAACAUAAAAAAAAAACAGAAACGCUGCAAAGAGAGUAAUUUUAAAACACAGAAAAUGAAGACAUUAGAGGAGUAUUCUCAUUUAUUUAUCAAACCACAUUUGAAUAACAUUCAGCUGAUUCUUAGUAAAGUACAUGCUGUGUUUUGAUGCAUUUACUGAUUGAACAUAGUGGGAAAUUUUACUUUUGGUGUAUUUUAUGGGCACGACAUGAAAAUUUAGAACCUUUGGUACUGAAUCUUAGUAAUAAUCAUGGAAAAAUGCCUGAUGUCAACUACUGAAACUUGGACUGGCAGACAGUUAAUAAUAAAAGUCCAAUGUCUUGUUCAUAAACCAUUAGUAGAGUCACUUUAAUUUGUGGAGUGUUUGGGCUCAUCUUGAAAAAAAUUCAAAGAAACUUGAAAUGAACAAAUUCAACUGGAUUGUUUUUUUUCUAAUUGGAUUUGUUGAGACUGGAAGUUAUUGCAUCAUGUAACUCACCCAUUGUUUUCAUCAAAGCAGAGUUGGGUAAACAGAAAAUAAAAAGCAUCACUGAAACACUAUCCUCAGUGUUGAACAUGUCACAUAUCUAUCUGCCUUUGUCCUUUUCUUUAGGGGAACAGUGUUGGGCUUUUUGCCACGUCACAUCUUCCUAAAAAUUAAGUUUUCCUCUUUCUUUCCUUCGCCUCUGUACGAUGCAAAGUAUCUCUUCAUCUCAGCUGAACUUAAGCCAAAUGUGCCACAGCAAGGCAGGAGUCGGUUUCUCUGACAUGAAUGUGACAGGUGUCAGCGUUUUUUAAUCACAUUUAAAACAAUGAUUGUUGAAAAGUAAAAUGAUGUGUUUUUUUUGUGUUCAUUUUCUCAGUGAUUGACGGAUCUAAUUGAAUGUUCAGCAUGUAGCCCUGGAUGCUGUAUGUAGAAAGUGUAUUUGCUCUGUCAGGCAUUCCUUCCAUGCACACAGAAGACACACUUUUCUGAAUGUGUAUUAUAGAUGUGAUCCAUGAAUGUAUGUAAAUAAUGUACAUGCAUCAGAAAGGACAACUGCUUGUAAUGAUAUCUGUGAUUGUGAAAGAUUUUUUUUUUGUGAAAAUGUAGAGAAACUGUACAUAACAAAAUAUUUCGAAUAUAAAAAUAUAUAUGUAUAUUGUAAAAUAAGGAGAAUAUUUUUUUUUCUGGUGUUCCCAGACCACAUAUGUUAAAGUAGCUCAGUGAAUAUGUCAGGAUACAGUUUCAGAUUUACCUGGACAUCUAUUUUUCCAAAAACAUAUUUUUACCAAAGUCAUAUCAGCUGGUGAAAUAGCAGCUUCUACAUGAUGCAUCAUAAAAUAUCUCCUGAGUUGUUUACAAAAUGUGGUUUGUACACACUAAAAAUAAGAAUUUACUCAAAUUCUUAUAUAUUUUUUGCUUUGUUCUACUAUGUAAAACACAUUUACAAUAAAAUUAUAAAGCUUAAA